GCAGCCUUACGUCAUAAACAGGCGAUGGUUUUAAAGUGCACCAGUAGCAGGCUAAUACUGAAUGUGCUAGUUACAGUAGAGAAAACAUCAAACAAAAUAAAACAUGGGUGGUAAGAAUAAACAAAGAACGAAAGGAAAUGUUCGGCCGUCCAGCAGUGGUAGAGCUGCCGAAUUACUGGCCCGUGAAAGUGGCAGUGUUCCUGGGUUUGUCGGAUUUGGCAUUUCAACCUCAAAUGACCCAGGAUAUGUGCCUGCUGUCCACGGAGCAGAAGAAAUAGACAAUCUGGUAGAUGCUGAUUUUCGUUUGGUUUUAAGAAAAUUGUCUAAGAGAGAUACAGUCACAAAACUAAAGGCUGUACAAGAAUUUGGUGCCAUGUGUCAGGAGCGGGAAUCCGACGUAGUUAGAGGGGUUCUUCCGUACUGGCCGCGUAUAUACUGCAAAAUAUCAGUGGAUCACGACCGGCGCGUUCGAGAGGCUGCGCAGCAGGCGUUUGAGCAGCUGAUUCUGAAAGUCAAGCGAAACCUCGCCCCCUAUCUGAAGGGCCUAAUGGGCCACUGGCUCGUAGCGCAGUGUGACACAUACUCCCCUGCAGCCUCUGCUGCUGCCGUCGCUUUCCAGGCUGCCUUCCCUCUUAGCAAGCAGCCAGAGGCUCUUAGCUUCUGUAAGGAGGAAGUGCUGAAUGUGCUCCAAGACAAUCUGCUGAAGGAAACUGCAGACACGCUCAGUGACCCACAGAGUGUGCCAGAGGAGGAGCGAGAGGCCAAGUACAUGCGUCUGCUCACCAGCUCUCUGCUGGCGCUAAAGAGACUGCUGACGGUGUUGCCUCAGUCGGACUGCGAGGCGCUCGCCAAGCGACUCGCUAACAUUAUUGCUCAGGGAAAGUUCUGGAAAUACAGCAAGCACAAAAGCCCACAGGUGCGAGGGGCGCUCUUUGAGCUUGUGGCGGCUCUGUGUGAGCUCACUCCUCAGCUGCUUCAGGCAGAGGCGGCUCGAGUGUGUUCCGCUGUGCUCCUAGGUAUCGAUGACUCCGACCCUGUGGUCCUGCCACCACUCUGGGAGGCUGUGCUGCACGUUAUCUCCAGCAUACAGGACUGUUGGUCUCAUGUAAAUGUCAGGAAGGGGGUGCUGCCCAAGCUGUGGGCGCUGCUGGCGGAGGGCGGCCGUGGUCUGGCCACCGUGCUGCACCCCAACAUGCUGCCCUUCCUCAGCAAGCUGCCUGCAGAGGUCACCGAGCCCAAACUCCACUUCUGCACCACAUUCUUCUCCUCCAUCACACAAGGCCUGGCCAGCGAGCGAGCACUAGCCAGCCCCUCGGAGUGCGCGGCUAUCGUCUAUGCCACCAUGGAGUGCCUGCGCUUUGUCCUGCUGCAGAGUGUGGCAGAGGGGGCGGAGCAGCGGGCCUUACAGAGCGCAGGAGAGGGGGCGGAGCAGCGGGCCUUACAGAGCGCAGGAGAGGGGGCGGAGCAGCGGGCCUUACAGAGUGCGCUACUCUGCCAGCAGCUCCUGCCUUUGAUUGACAAAGCCCUGGGAACCCCUGCACUGCAGAGAGGCCCCCUGUUCCCUCAGAUCUCCGAGAUGCUGGUCUCCUGGGAGAAGCGGGUGACCGGGGACGAGGCUGCUGCCUUCCAGAGGCUCCUGACUGAUUUCUGGGAGGGCCUGGGCAGCCUGUGUGCGCGGCGCGUGGACUGUGAGGAGACGGAGCCGGCGGCCCUGGAGGGCAUCGCGUCUCUGCUGGAGGUCAUGUAUGACCCGGACAAUCCUGCCCGAAAGCAGGCUAAGGGGAAGAAGGCCGUGAAGAUCUGCUUCGCCGAACAGGAGGGCAAGGGCGAAGAGGAUGGCCCUUCCGCCGGACGCCCGGUGACCGAGCCCGCGGACGGGUUUGGCAAACGCAAACCUCCGCCGCCGAGUGGCCACCUGCUGGAGCUGGUGUGCCAGCUGGCUGAGCUGAGCGUGGUGUAUGUGUGCGAGCGCGACUCGGAGAAGCACCUGCGCUUCCUGGCGCUCCUGCUCCGGGCCUUCCCGAGGCCGCAGGUGUUCGGGGUGCUCCUGGGGCCAGGGCACGGGAAGGUGGAGCCGGAUACCCAGCUGGGCGCGUUGGCCCAAAAUCCUGCCGUGCGCUUCCUGCUGCAGAGGGUGGCACUGUGGCUCCGGCAGGACGACGGAAAGGACACGGACCUCCUGGUGGACAUGGUGUUCAGCGCCCUGCGCUGCUGCGGCUCGAACACGGAGCAAACCCUCGUUCUCAACCGCAUUGCUAUGGACCUAAAAUGGGGUGUUCUACUUCAGAUUGUCCAAAAGGCGUGCGCGAAUGCUGGCCAUUUGGAGCUGUGUGGAGGCUGGUUGAGGGACCCGGUGCUGGGAGAACGUCUGGUGCGGCUGGCUGGCGAGCUGUGUACCGUGGGGCUGGAAGCGUCUCCCUCUGCCUUUUCUGCCUUGCCGGGCCAGCACAGUCACAGCUGGGCUCUAAUCAGCUUGGCCCUGUCCCAGCAACACAAUAACGAGCCGCUGAUCGGUAAGGUGUAUGUGGAACGCAUCAUUGAGCGGCUGCACGCCACGCUGUCGGAGGCCAAAGGCAUGUGCGACGCGGGCAACAUGGAACCUCUCGUCUCCUUCAUCUCUGACGUAGCUUCAAACUUCUUCUCCUCGGUGAAAGGCUGCCUACUGUUACCUGCUGCCAAUGACCUGCUGCUCACCACCUUCCAGCUGUGUGCUCAGGACCCGGCGCUCACACACCUCUCAGAUGCUCUGCUCCAAAAGCUGAAGCUUGCUUACACUGCAGGAGUACACUCGCUGGUCACUCAUUUGGGACCGGGGGUCACGAAGGGCACUUUCCUACACAGUGCUGCAGCCUGGGUGAAAAGACAGCUCCUUACCUCCAUCCUCAGCGUGCAAAGUCUGCAGGUUCUGGUCCAGGCAGUGCAGAGCUUGACGGAGACUCUGGCCACAGCCCAGAAGAAUGGUUGCGUGCUGCCUCAGUUCAUCGGCUGCCUAACUCCCACGCAAGAGGAGUGGUUCUGCCUUAGACAAGCCCUGCCCCCUCAGUGGAUAAAGCGCCCCUUGCUGGCUGGGCGCCUCCGAGCGUGUGGGGACUGCCCUUGCAUGGAGGUGUGGAGUGUUAGGGCCUCUGGCAAGCUUCCUGCCCACCUGUGUGCCAGUGCUCUGCUAGGGAGAAUCAUCUUUAUUGCAGUACCAGUUGGUGAACAGCAGGAGGAGACAGACACCUCGGUGCACCCUGAUCUCAGCUAUACGGUUGCAGAAAUUCUCUACGCUCUGCAGUGGUGUGAGGAAAUGGAGCAUUGCUCUGCCAUGGUGGCUGAAUAUCACCAACUGCUCCAAGAGUGGAAUGUAGCCGAGAACGCAUGCAGCCCCAGCUUGGCUGAAGCCGGGCUCCUGAACACACUCUUCACAAGGUCACGAGAAGAAGGUGACCUUUGGUCAUUGACGCUGGCAAGCUACAUUCAGAAGGGCAGACCAGCUGCUGCCAUCAUUAAGAGUCUCUAUGACAACGUAGAGAGUUUCUAUCCUCUCUCAAAGCACACCGUGAGUACCAUUCAGGUGCUGUGUCCCUGGCUGGCCACUGCGGAGAGAGAAGCCCUCAUCUCUCUGUCUGUGGCUGACCUGCUUAACUGGCAGGAGAGAGUGCAGGACUCUGCCCACAGCGUUUGGGCGUGUCUGGCUGUGCUGAACUGCUGUCUACAGGCUACAACUCCUGUUGAGGAGGAGAUCCUACUAGCGGUCGUAGCCACCGUGCUGGAGUGCCGCAACAGCAGAGAGGAGUGGUUCCUUUUUAGCAGUGACCUGGGAAAGGCAUCUGCUGCUGAGCUGGCCUUACCUGUAGAGAUGAUGCGUUUCCUGUGCUGGCUGGUGGACCAUUCUCCCACAGUCCUAUGCAGCACUCACUGGGACUUCCUGCUCUGCUCCAUGCUGGCCUGGCUAGAGAUCGCCAGCGAGAGCAGUGGGUCAUUCUGGAACCCCUGGGUGCAACAGUUUGUAUGUGCUAACUGUGAACUGAUUGCGAAACUCACCGAGUUCUUCGCAGCGCUCCCUGCUGGUUUGGCCGAGCAGCUACCUCCUGAGCUCAGCUCGGAAUGGCAGGAGUUUUUUGUGGAGGGUGUCUACACUCUGCUUCUGCCUCUGCUGGUCAACAUUCCUGCGGAAUUCCCGGAGCCAGACGAGCAGCUGUUCCCUCUGGCGGUAGCAGAGGCAGUGGGUGAGGCCCUCGUCCACAUGCCUGUGCGGUUGCUCACGCACAACAAGCUCCCGGCCCGCUUCGUGGCCGGUCAGAGGAGCAGCCUGCCCGACGGUCUGCAGUCCCUGCUCAACACCCUGACCCCGCUACUCAUCUUCAAGGCCCGGCCCCUGCAGCUGGCCGUCUACCACAUGCUGCACAAGGUCAUGCCUCUCUUACCAGAAAGCGACUGUGAACGUGCCAAUGCUAAAUCUGAUGAUGAAGAGGAGGAAGAGCCAAGCUUGUCUCCUCCAGCAGCGAUAAUGAGUAUUCUCACGACCACAGAGGAGCUGUUGGAGAGUAUUCUUGGUAGCAUACAAGUGGGCGAGUUUGCUGUGGUGGUCCCACUCAGCACGGAGCACUGUUGCAUCCUGGGAUACCUCCUGGCCUGGAAACUCCUCCUCACCUUCUUUAAGGCCGCACCCUCCCAGCUGCGUGUCCAGUACUCCCUGCAUCUGAGGAAGAGCCGCUCCCUGCACACACUGCUGCUUCAUCUGUUCCGGCUCAUGCCGGAGAACCCGACACUCCCGGGGCAGCUGGCGGAAGCAGCCGGAAAGGAGCCCAAAAGCUUCUUCACUGAGAGCUUGUCCCUCUCCCUGCGGCAAAAUGAAGGCGUGCAGUUUGAGGUUCCCCACCUGGCCUGCUCCGUGUAUUACUGCGCUUUGAAGGACCUACCAGCCAUGGUGCGGCUCUGGUGGACCAGCCAGGAGAAGCGCGUGUUCAGCACCGUGGACAAGUUCACCAGCAAGUACGUGAGUGGAGUGCUUUCUGCGCAGGAGAUCGCCUCGGUGCAGUCCAGCACGCAGACCUUCCAGAGCAUGACGGUAAAGGCACGCUCGGCCACGCGCGAGGUGAUCGCCACAUACUCGGUGGACGACAUCUUCAUCGAGCUGGUGAUCCAGCUGCCCCAGAACUACCCGCUGGGCUCCAUCUCGGUGGAGAGCGGCCGUCGCGUGGGAGUAGCGGUGCAGCAGUGGCGAAACUGGAUGCUCCAGCUCAGCACCUACCUCACACACCAGAACGGCAGCAUUAUGGAGGGUUUGUCUCUGUGGAAGAAUAACGUGGAGAAGCGCUUCGAAGGAGUGGAGGACUGCAUGAUCUGCUUCUCCGUCAUUCACGGCUCCAACUACUCGCUGCCUAAGAAAGCCUGCCGCACCUGCAAGAAAAAGUUCCACUCGGCUUGCCUGUACAAAUGGUUCACGUCAAGCAACAAGUCCACCUGCCCUUUAUGUAGAGACACCUUUUUCUAACCACCACCACCGCGGACAAACAUUAGACUGUGGACCAUGAUGAGACAAAAAGACAGAGGAACGUAUUCAGUGUGCAAGCUGGUGUCUGUAUAUAUAAAUUGGGUGGUGACUGAAGUCUAUAAACACCUACUCUUAACCGUAUCUCUGUGAGAAGAAUGAGUCACACGAUCACUGCCCAAUCCUUUGGCCGAUCCAAUAUGCCUCAUCCCGUGGAGGGCAGGAGCUCCCCUUUAUCAUGGACUGGGCUAGAGUGCCUUCUCGAACCAAAUGCCACAUAUGUGACAGACUGACGUGCUGAUGAAUGGCUCUGCAGAAUGUGUUACUGCACCACGGUGUUUAGUCACAUAUCAUAUAAAUGAGCAGCGGAACACAGGGAUGGACUCAACAUAACAGCAUCCACCCUAGUGAACGGAGGAGAGGAAUGGACCACACAGCAGCAUCUACCCUAGUAUACAGCCUAUAAUGCUUUUUUAUAAUGUUAUACCUCUGUGUCAGUUUGUCUCUAAUAGACCUGCUUAUCGGAAUAUGCUGUUCUGGUACACUGGGCACCAUGUCAUUUGCUUAUGGUAGUAAUUUCAUUUCAAUUAUGGGAUUGGAGUCACUUAUUCACACUGAUUAUUUUGGCUAAUGUACAGAUUCUUGGUGUAAUCAAAGACAUACGCCACCUGUGGGUCUGAAAUACAGACUUAUUAUGUUUCUCUAUUAACAUUUAGUCUGUCUGUCUCUCUCUCUCACAUUCAUGCAUGCAUAAAUCAAGUAGUUGAAUAGGGGCGCUUGCAGUGACCAUUUCUGUUAACCUGUCAGAACAUGUAUGUGACUCACUAACACGUCUUAUCCGCUGGAGCUGUGUGUGUUUGAGUCAAAACCUCAGAAGGUUACAUAGUUCAUACACAGAGUGCUUUCACCAGCAUAUGUUGAGAGAAGAUGGAACAUUUGUGAUCAGAGCGGAGCUAAACAAUCUUAGCGCUGGCUUGGCAGUAAAUAUUUGAUAGAGGUUGACAUUGAGCAUCUGUCUGCUGGAUGGCUCAGGAACUCCAGAAACAAUUAGGAACAUCUGUAUUUUGCUGUGUCUCCCUCCUGUGUAUAUUUAGCAAAAGUUCUGUCUUUUAAUCUGUCUUUUGGUGAAGUGCCAGACAAGAGUGUCUGAUGCUUCAAGCAUUGUCAUUAGGGAAGACCUUCAACAAAAGAAUCCAUUUUUUGCAGAGUUAAUAACAAUGCGUAUUAUUUGUGUAGUUCCUUUGCUUUCACAAGCAGCUUGCCACAUUUACGUUGAUUACAAUCAAAUUUAGAGUUUUAAAAACAGAAACCAGAUUUAACCAUGUUUGUUCCUCCAAAGGUGAAAUAUGCACCUGCUAUUGUGGACAUGGUGAGCAUUAUAAAAACAAAAACAAACAAACCAAACCCCCCAAAAAACAAAUAAACAAAAAACCCCUACUGUGGCUGCUGAUUGGCCUAGAAUUUAGAUUAUUACAGUGUAAUAAGACUUUAAUAAACAUCAUCCUAUUACCUUAAA